AUGAAGUCCUAUUUCUUGCUUCUCGCCGUGAUUCUGCAGGCAGUUCUUGUACGAGCGGCUGCAUUGCAUUCCUCGUCUCGUCGCACUUGUCAGACCUCGUUGAGGAAUUGUCCUGAAGGAACCGUCAUUGUCUCCAAGUCUCACCCCAAGGCGCACUUCUCCACCAUUCAGGCUGCUAUCGAAUCUCUGCCGAAUGACAACAGCAAGCAGACCAUUUUGAUACUGGCAGGCAACUACACGGAGCAACUAAAUGUCACCCGUUCCGGUCCUAUAACCCUGCUUGGUCAGACGGACAGCGUCACCGAUGCCUCGAAGAACAAGGUCACCGUCACAUGGGCCCAAGCGAACCAUGACAACACCGGAAAGAGCGUAGACAAUGUCUUUUCCAGCGUGCUGGUUGUUGCACCUACACUCGAGUCCAGCUACACCGGCUCAGGCCCAACGGGGUAUCCUGUGCCGGAGGAUACUCCGUUCGGUAACACCGAUUUCAGGGCCUACAACAUUGAUUUCCGCAACACAUGGGCUGAUUACUCCGAUGGACCGGCGCAUGCUCUCAGCUUCAGUCGCGCAAACGGCGGCUUCUACUACUGCGGAUUCUACUCUUACCAGGAUACUGUGUAUGUCGGCAAGCUAGGAAACGCCUACUUCUACAAGAACAUCAUCGCCGGACAGACCGACUUCCUGUACGGCUUCGGUACCGCCUGGAUCCAAUCGUCGGACAUCCUCCUGCGCAACUGCGGUGGCGGUAUCACCGCGUGGAAGGGCACCAACACCACCUUUGAGAACCAGUACGGCGUGUACAUAGUCGACUCGACGGUGAGAGCGGCCAACGCAUCGAUCGCCCCGGUGAUUGCCGGUAAAUGUGCUCUAGGCCGGCCAUGGAACAGUCUACACCGGUCCAUCUUCGCCAAUACCUACGAGGAUGGCAGUAUCGAGCCCAGCGGCUACAUCGACUGGAUCGUUUCUGGCGUAAGCCGGUUCACCAACCAGACAGUCAUGGCCGAAUACAAAGCGUUUGGACCCGGCUUCAACGCGACCGGCCGUGCAGAAGGCGGGUUCACCAUCGUCAUGGACAAGAAGCAGUACAAGCGCUACGACUCGCCAGCGAAGGUAUUCCAGACGCCGGACGGCAAGCCGGGCAACAUCGGCUGGGUCGAUUUCCACGCGGAUCGCGUCUAG